AUGUCGAACUCAGAGUUUCGAAUUCUUCUGCUUCUGGUUUUCCUCACGAUACAAGCAUCAGGAGCUGCAGCUGGAAUUCCAAGGUCCAACUGUGUUAAACAAUGUGGGAACGUCAGCAUUCCCUUCCCCUUUGGAAUAGGUGCCGGGUGUUUCUUGGAUCACUGGUAUGAGAUCGUCUGCCAAAAUAGGACGGUUCCAAAACUAAAUAAGAUUGGAUUGCGAGUUCUCAACAUUUCACUUCCCAAUUAUUUUGAAUAUGCGAAUGGCAUGAUCAGUGUCAGUCUUCCAUUAAUAUACUCAAAUGCAAGCUGCGGGGGCGAAGGACUUCGUGGGCCGGUGAACUUUGAAGGAAGUCAAUUUGUCUUUUCCCAGACAUGGAACGUAUUUACGUCGGUUGGUUGCAACACCCUGACAACAGUGAAUAGUACAGAAUCAGCUGUUGUUGGUUGCAGGUCAAAAUGCGCUGGAACCAGUGCCAACAUUGGCGGAUAUAGUGCUUGUUUCGGGAGGGACGAAUGCUGCCAGACUACGCUCCCCUUUAACCUUCAAAGCUUUAGUGUGGAUUUUAGAGAAGAAGGUGAACCUCAGGGAUGCAAGUACGCUUUCCUGGCAGAUAGAUCAUGGUUCUUGAGGUCUAACGUUACAGGUUUAUAUGAUUUGAGUUUGAAUGAUACAGUUCCAGUGGUGUUGGAAUGGGGGAUUUCAAACAAAACCGACUAUAUACUCAAGCUUAUCCAGCAAUCCAAUGUCUUGGACGAUCUUGAUUCCUUCAGAUGUAGCAGAUACAGCUUCUAUGGAUCUUGGAGUGAAAUGCCAUUUAUACAGUGCUAUUGCAGAUGGGGGUAUAGGGGUAACCCCUAUCUUACUGAAGGAUGCCAAGAUAUUAAUGAAUGUGAAGAUCGAAACUUGUGCCCCGGGAUUUGUGUGAACAAACUGGGAACCUAUGACUGCGUCGCUGGUAGAAAGACACCUAUCAUUAUUGGGAUUGGGGCAGCCUUUGGGGCACUAGUUUUGUGUCUUGUCUUAUGGAGGUUGUACAAGUACGUCAAGAAGAGAAGAGAAAUCAAACUCAAAGAGAAGCACUUCAAACGCAAUGGUGGCCUUUUGUUGAAAAGUGAGCUAUCUUCACCCGAAGGCAAUGUCGAAAAAAGCAAAUUGUUCAAUUCCAAGGAUUUGGAGAAGGCCACUGACAAUUUUAAUGAUGAUAGGAUACUUGGGCAAGGUGGACAAGGUACUGUUUACAAGGGAAUGUUAACAGAUGGAAAAAUAGUUGCGAUUAAAAAAUCAAAAGUGAUUGAUGAGGGAAAAGUCGAACAAUUCAUAAAUGAAGUCCUCAUCCUCUCACAAAUCAACCAUAGGAAUGUGGUUAAAUUAUUGGGGUGUUGCUUAGAGACGGAAGUCCCGCUUUUAGUGUAUGAGUUCAUACCAAAUGGGACUCUAUACCAAUAUCUACAUGACCCAAAUCAAGAGUUUCAUGUAUCGUGGGACACGCGGCUACGAAUCGCAACUGAAAUUGCAGGAGCCUUAUUCUACUUGCAUUCAGCAGCCUCUAUUCCCAUUUAUCAUCGAGACAUCAAGUCCACCAAUAUCCUUUUGGAUGAGAAAUAUCGGGCAAAAGUGGCGGAUUUCGGUACUUCCAAGUCAGUUUCCCUUGAUCAAACUCAUGUAACCACAUUGGUACAGGGUACUUUCGGCUAUCUAGAUCCUGAAUAUUUCCAAUCAGGUCAAUUCACUGAUAAAAGUGAUGUGUACAGCUUUGGAGUGGUACUUGUUGAACUCUUAACAGGGCAAAAGCCAAUUUCUUCACUGAGGGAACAAGAAGGAAGAAGCCUCGCGAUGUAUUUCAUAAUCUCGAUGGAAGAGAACUGUUUGUUCGACAUUGUUGAUGCUCAAGUUUUGAAAGAAGGUAAAAAGGAAGAGAUUGCAUCAGUUGCUAAUCUUGCGAAAAUGUGCUUAAACUUGAACGGGAGGAAACGACCUGCAAUGAAAGAAGUGGCAAUGGAGUUGGAGGGGAUAAGGAAGCUCCGAAAUCCUUCGGUUAUCUUGCAAAAUCAAGAGAACCACGAGGCAACUGAAUCUUAUAGUGCCGCUUUUCCAUCUAACAAGUCAAACAUUGACAUGGAUGUCAUUACAACUUCGGAUGUUCAGCCACUCUUGCCUAGUGAGUCGUGGUCGACCUGUGCUGGAACUGACACCAACACUAGCCAGUGUAGUGCUUGCUCCGGGAGGGAUGGAUUCUGCCGCGCUACGCUGCUCUUUAACCUUCAGGGUAUUAAUGUGGAUUUCAAGGAAGAAGGUGGACAUCAAGGGUUUAUUGAUUUGAGAUUGAAUGACACGGUUCCAGCGGUGUUGGAAUGGGGGAUUCCAAACAAUACCAAGGAUGCACUUGAGCUUAUCUGGCAAGUGAAAUGCGAUUUACGCAGUGCUAUUGCGGAAGGGGAUAUGGUGGUAAUUUCUAUUUUAUUGGAGAAUGCCAAGAUAAAUCCACAUGAAAGGAGAGUCAGGGCUUGGGGCACUACUUUCGUGUCUUUCUUAUGGAGGUUGUACAAAUACAUCAAGGGGAGAAAACAACUCAAGCACAAAGAGAAGUACUUCAAACAUAAUGGCGCCCUUUUGUUGAAAAGUGUGCUAUCUUCACCAGAAGGCGAUGUCGAGAAAAGCAAAUUAUUCAACUCCAUAGAUUUAGAGAAGGCCGUUGACAAUUUCAAUGAUGAUAGGAUAUUCGGGCAAGGUGGAGAAGGUAUUCUAUACAAAGCGAUGUUAAUAGAUGGAAAAAUAGUGGCCAUCAAGAAAUCGAAAGUGAUAGACGAGGGAAAAGUUGAACAAUUCAUAAAUGAAGUCCUCAUUCUCUGA